AUGAAUCCCCUUCAAAAUCCUGCUGUUCGGUGUGACAUCGAACGGCAGAUAAUCACCAUUAACCUUCUUUCAUUCCUUGGUCCCGAUCCAGAGUCAAUUCAUCCCCUUAUCGACUUGAUGAAGCCUGAUCCUUACAACUUUGCUGUCUAUAUUCGGAACGAGAUGUACCUCGAGAUGGAUACUCCCCUUCAAAAGAGAGGAUGCACGAACGCCGAUCUCCAGAACGACAUUGAAGUCUUCCGGCUGAAACGGGCAUCUCGCCAGGGCAACAUCUUCUUGACCUUGCCCCCAAGGCUGCCAGAAGCAGUCUCUGUGGAAUCAUAUGUUCUUCAUGCCAUAAAGCGUCGACUUGACCUUCCUAUAUUCAACCCUUGGGCUGACACGACAACAAAGCUUAUCGUGGCUUGUGGCGUUGCCUUGUCACAACGAGGCCAACUCAUUGCCUACGACCAAAAAGCUUCACUUGCCGAUCACUGCUGGCAAGUACUUGAUGACCUGGAGACAUCUCCAUGUGCUACUAGCCUGCCAAACAACGAGCUGAAGGAGGUCCUCAGCGGCAUAAAGCGAAUCGAACACAAGUUGAACGUCGGAUUCGAAGAUGUCUACAAACAACUCUUAGACAUACGUGCAGACCUCGCUGUAAUUGAGAAUCAACAAGGCCAAAUUUGCAUGAUGUUGGUCGAUCUCAGCAGCAAAGAGGGUUCCGUCGGCUCUUGCCAACAAACGGCUGACAUUAACCCUCCUCGCACGCCAGACGAUGGACAACAAGUUCCUAUUAGCCAGUUACUCAAUAUCCCAUUGAGAUUUCCGGAUUCGAGUCACCAGCCACACGAAGCUCCGCCCAUGAAGCGCACUCCAAUUGAACAGCCAGCCAAGUUCGACUGA